AAAUUUGCAUUGCUUUCAUGCUAGUGCCGAUGCCGAUGCCGAUGCCGAUGUCGAUGUCGAUGCUGAUGUCGAUGCUGGUGCUGGUGCUGGUGCUGGCGCUGGCGCUGGCGCUACUGAUGAUGCUUAA